UCCCGAAGAGUCGAUGCCAAAUUUUGCGAAUGGUGGGAUGGAUAGGAGCGAUCAGGAUGACGGUGGUGGCGGUGACGGCGAUGAUGUCCGAAGCGAUGGAGGCGCCGAGGGCGAGGGCGGAAGCGAGGAGGGUGACGGGGUCCAGUUUGAAGGACUUAUGGGAGAGGGUAGCGCACGAUACGGGAGUGUUGAUAUGGGGUAGUGAAGAGG